CCAGGUUAUCAGGAACAAUCCUCUACACAACACUCAGGAGAUAAAGGGAGGAAACCAGUGACCAGGUAUAAACUACUGUCAAAGACCAAGGUGAUGAAGAAGUGGAAGUCUCCAUAUUACAUUAGUUCUAUAUGUCCUACAUCAGAUGGUGAGGCCUGGACCAGUGAUUACAGUGAAACAUUAACUCUCCUGGACAGGAAGGGUACAGUAAUACAGAUGGUCACACACAAGGCUGUGAUCAAUGACAUCAGUCUGUCACCAACAUCACACAGACUUUGGGUUUGUGAUAGUAGAAACAACAUCAUGAAGCUGGCAUCAACAGGACAACUAACACACAGAUUCAGAACCAAGAAGCUCCCAAAAUGUAUAUGUGUUGCAGCCUGUAGUGAUGUCAUCGUGGGCAUGGUAAAACACAUCUCUAAAUUUACCACAAGAGGUCAGAUGAUGCUCUCUACAAUGACGGCUGGAACUGGGAAACCAUUAGUGUGCACACCACACAGGAUCACAGAAUGUCCCGUCACUCACAAUGUCGCAGUGAUUGAUUUCAAUGAUAGAGAUGAUGGUGGUGAUGGAAAUAAACACGUUGUUGUCAUGGAUAAAGACUUCAAGGAACUGUUUGUAUACAGAGGUGACAUCCUCACUACAUAUAAACAAACACCAAAAACAGGAGGUAAACCAUUUUACCCCCAGAGUGUGGUGUAUGAUAGUGUGGGGAACCUCAUCAUAGGAGACAGUGACAACAACAGGGUCCUACUCCUCAGUGGUGGUGGUGAGUUCCUCAGAAUCAUACACACAGCCAGAGAGGGGACAUGGGCCGUAAGUGUAGACAAGGAGGGUGUCAUAUGGGCAGUGUUUUCCGGUGUUAAAGUAAAACUACUACAGUACAGCAGUAUGUGAUAGCUAUAAUCAAACUACUACAGUACUGCAGUAUGUGAUAGCUAUAAUAAAACUACUAUUGUACAGCAGGAUGCGGUAGUUAUAAACUACUACAGUACAGCUGUAUGUUAUAGCUGUAAUAAAACUACUACAGUACUGUAGUAUGUGAUAGCAUUUGUGAAUUUUAGUCUAUACAUCUAAUGUAUAAUGACCGAGAUUCAAAACUAAGAUGUUAAAAUUGCCUUGGUAUUAAGCUAAAAUAUUUUCUUAA